GAGCGAGAGCGAGCGCACAGUGGAGCGCCUCCGGUUUGUCCAGCCCCGGACAGCCCAGCCCCAGCCAGCCCCGCCCCGGCCAGCCGAGGCCCGGCCUGCCCCGGCCCGCCCCGCGCAGCCCAGCAGCGCCUUGGAAGAAGCAGCGAGGGCGCGGCCUGGCACGCUCUCUCGCACUCUCGCACUCUCUCGCGCGGACGAAGCCAAUCACGAGGGCACGAGAAGAGACGCGAGACGCAGCGAGCGACGAGGAGAAGUGCGAGUUUGCGAGCGAGAGUCGGAGGAGGAGGUGGAUUUGGCGUCGCGAAGUCGAGGGACUUGGUUGGGUGUGCGCUCGAGUGAGAAGGGGAGUUGGUGUCAGGAUUCCGCGUGUCGGGGAGGGGAGACGGGGUUGAGAGGAGGAGGAGGAGCAGGAGGAAGAAGAAGUGCAACAGGGUAGCGAUGGCGGCAGCAGCAGCAGCAGGAGUGUCAGGAGUGGCGAUUGCUUCCGGAUGCAGGAGUAGAGGGAGCUCGUCCGCGAAUCCUCGUGUGGUUUUGGCUCCCGGUUUGAAGUCAUUCUCCUCCGUGUCGAUUUCAUCAUCAGUAUUCCUGCGCUCUAGGAGCUUCAAUGUUUCGAAGGACAAUGCAUACGGAAUCACAACUUCUGCCACCAAGCUGGAAGUUGCUCCCGUCGUUGAGGAGGAGAAGGAGGUUAAAGCCGCGGAGAUCCCCCCAGUUCUAACUCCGGAGGCUUCAGUAGCUUCCUUCAUGACUGAUGUAGCCAACUUGGUCAAGUUGGUGGACUCCAGAGAUAUCGUCGAGCUUGAGAUGAAACAUAAGGACUACGAGAUCAUCAUCAGGAAGAAGGAGGCAUUGCCACCCCCACCUGCUCCCCAAAUGUCGUUUCCUGGUCCCCACGUGAUGGCACACACUUCGUUCCCAGGAUACCCUGCCCCACCUAUGUCACCCCCACCUGCUGCGGCAGCUGCUCCUGCACCUGCUGAAAUCGUCCCAGCAGCACCCGCUGCACCAUCGGCGCCCCCUGCUUCACUACAUCCACCCAUGCUUUCUCCCAUGGCUGGAACUUUCUACAGGAGUCCAGCACCUGGAGAGAAGGCAUUUGUGCAGGUUGGGGAUAAAGUUACCAAGGGUCAGGUUGUGUGUAUCGUAGAAGCCAUGAAGCUCAUGAACGAGAUUGAAGCUGAUCAAUCCGGUACCAUUGUGGAAAUUGUGGCCGAGGAUGGGAAGCCCGUCUCUAUCGAAUCCCCGCUCUUCGUCAUCAAGCCUUGAGAUGGAGAGACCGAGUAAUUUCCAAAAGAGUUGAUAGAAGAAUGCAGAAAGUAGACAUCAUGAGAGUAACAUGAAGAUGCUUGAUAUUCGGUUCAGCACUGUUCUCUGGGACGUCCUACAAGCUACAUAUGACGAUAAAAUGGCUGCUGUCAAAUCUCCCAGGUGAGUCAAGGCAACAAAUGUGUACCAUCAGGGAGGUGUAGCUUCCAGUGCUGUAGGAACUGUCAUGUUAUUCCUUGGUUCAGAUGAGCCAACAAUUGAGUAGUGUCAGGGUUAAAAGAGUAUAAGAAUUUUGAUGAUUUAAAAUUGUGGUCGUUCUCAAUGAGUAAAGCAAAGCUACUGUUUGCCUCCCGAGUUUGCUCACGAC